AAAAAAGCAUUCGAAUUAUAUCAAAAAGCUGCAGACUUAAGAAAUUUAUCUGGAACAAGUAAUUUAGGAGAUUGUUAUGAAAAUAGAACUGGAACUGAUAUUGAUAAGAAAAAAGCAUUCAACUUGUAUCAAAAAGCAGCAGAUUUAGGAAAUUCAUCUGGUAUAAAUAGUUUAGGACAUUGCUAUUUAUAUAGAAUUGGAUCUGAUAUUAAUGAAACAACUUCUUUUAAUCUGACUUCAAGUAUCAGUAGGCUCGCUUUAUUAUCACAAAAUUCUAAAAAAUCGAUAAAUUUUAAACAAGAUGCGAGUCGUGGUUUACUCUUGAACAAACAUAAAAUAAUAUUAACUUCAUUCAUAAAAAAUGGUAAAUGGGAUAUAAGUUUAUAUAAAGGACAGCCUCUAGUAUAUACUAGUAUUGACGAUUCGUCUGAUAUAUGCAUUAAUUUUCCAAUUAUUGAAAUAACUUAUAAAGAUGAAUUAAAAUCAAAAUACUUUCGAAUAAAUUCAAAUGGCGAUGAAUUUUUUACAAGAAAGAUAUCGGCUGGUGGUAGAUUAUUUAUUAAAGAAUCUAGUUCAAUUACUCGAACACCAUUUGAUAUUCUAAAAUUUUAUUUAUUCUGCGUGUAUAAUUUAGCUAGAUACUCUAUAGAAGUUCAAUCCAAUAAUUUAUUCACCUUAAAUCUUUUACAAACAAUGGAAACAUUGGAUGGAGAAGAGAUAAAUACUCAUGAAAAAUUGACCAAGUGGGUGAACAAUUUACACCUGCUGCAGAAAACAUUGGAUGAGGAAAAGCCAAAUUCCCAUGAAGAAUUAUUCAAUUGGAUGAAUAAUUUGCAUCAAAUGAAAAUAAUUGAUGUAAUAUCUUAUGGCAAUAUAAUCUCCGUCUCCAAUCCUCAAUUAGAAUACAGAAAACUAGAUGAUAUUGUAUCUUAUGAUGAAAGACUGCUCGGAAUUAUCAAUUUUAAAGAAAAAUUGAACUUAAAAGAUUGGGUUGGAAAUGCAGCGUAUGAUAAUUUGAUAAGCUGGACCAUAGAUUUUCAUUUAUUUCGGGGAUUAAUAACUAAUCAAAAUUAUAAAACAGAAGUUAGCAAGAAAAUUGCUAUCGAUUUUAUCAAAAUUCCUAGGGUUAAUAUAAGUAAUAAAUCUUGUCUGAAAAUGAUCAGGCCAUCAACUAAAUUAGAAUUUUAUUUAAUUUCUAAUAAUAUCGUUUUAAGUGAUAGCAUAAGUUCUUUUCCGUUUAUAAAAUGGAAUGUUGGGAAAUAUGAAGGUUUUAGUUAUAUUCUAGUCAAAUUUGAGCAUUACGAAAUUCUCUUAGAAGAAGAUAAUGUAAAGCCUGCAAAAGAAUUUGAACAAGUCAUAGAAAAAGCACUUGACAGUAUGAAGCCAUUAGAAGAAUUACAACGUGUAUUUGAUGAAUUCGGACACAUAUUUCCACAAAGAAUUACUUUAGGAAGAUCUUUAAAAAUUAUUUUACCGAAUCCCUCUUUAAAUGAUACGUUUGAAAAUACUAAUGAUGUUAAUGAAAUAGUUAAAUCAUUAGAUAAGUUAGAUGUUCCAUAUCUUAUAACACAAGAAGGAGAAAGCAUUAAAAAAAAUAACUUAACUUCUUGGAUAGUAGAUACAAAUGAUAGUUUGAAAGUUAUUGAAUUUGAUAAGAUCAUUCCUCUCUAUAAAAUUCUUAAAGUGGAACAACAAGAAAGGAUAAAUGAUAUAUUAGAUAAAUUUAAUGAUCUCCAAAAUUCUCGAAUUAUAAUGACAGGAAUUACUGAUUUAAAAGAUUUGGAAUAUUUGAAAGAUGAUUUGAAUAAUGGUUUAGUUAACAAUAUUUCCCAUUACAAACGUAUUGAUGUAGAAUUGUCCUUGAAAGAUGAAAAUUAUGAAGUAUAUGGAUCAGUAAUUUCAGAAAAUAACACAAAGUUAGAAGAAAUUUACGUUAAUUUUGGGUUGUACGACUUUAAUGGAUUUUAUGCUAUUAUAAAAAAAUUAAAAGAAAUAAGCAUUGAUAUAACAAAAUGUUAUAUUUCAUGGAUGAUUAUUGGAAGACCUUUACAAUUAUCAAUUUUUAGUCCAAAUAAUCGAAAAUUUCAGGUUCAUUGCAUUAAAAAUCAUUUCAAAUUACAAUCUAAUCAAUUAAAUUAUCGAAUUGAAACUUCCUUUAACUUGUCCGAAGGAUAUACUAUUUUUGCACAUGCAUAUCAUUCAUCAACAAAUCAUGAACCCAAUAAUAUUAUUAAGUUAAUUAAAUGGUCAAAAAAUUCCAUUAAUUUUCAAAUAACCAAUUUAUCUCAGCUUAAUUUAGUUGAUGAUUUUUUAACGGAGACUGAGAAUGUUAUUAACAUAGAGUUAAAUAUAUGUAUUCUAUUUAACGAUUAUGAAAGGUUAAAGAUUGAUAAUAACGAAGGAAGGAAGGGCCUUUUAAUCGGGUAUACUUUAACUAAGAAAAAUUUUGAUGAAAGUCUCAAGCAAUCCAUUUAA